CUCCUGUACCAUCCCUUGUGAUGGUUCACGGGCUGUUUGGCUUUUUAAAAGAAAAUAUUUAUGCCAUUUUUGUCCACAGUGUUUCUGUCUUUCACUAACAUUUUCCAAUUCAUUAAACCUUAAAUUUAUAAUUUUAUAUGAUAUAUAUGUAUUUAUUUUUUUCCCUAUGCAUAAUUAUCUUUGUUAUCUGAAAAUUGUAUUUCAUGUUAAAUCCCUCUUGCCCCUUGUAAUUAUCAUACGGUUUUCACCUUCAGCCCAUGACCUUUUGGUGCCUUAUUUUUAUUCAUUUUGACAUAUUAUGUGAUUUGUUUCAUUUCUUUUCAUAUCAAUACAAUCUUACUAAACCUGCCUAGAAUCUACGGUAUUAUUGUGCUUGUGAAAUUCUUCUGUGGGUAACGAUGGACUCAUUCUGUCAGUAAAACCUUAUUCCCACAGAAAGCACUUGGAACUGCAAAUCCAAAAGCUCAGCCCCGGUCCCGAGUGCUUUUCCUUGCCCCGCCCCUGCUGUCCCGGUUCCAGGGACGCUGAGGAGCGCCAGCAGAUGGGGCUGGAACGCUGCACAGGGAAGCGCUCCCGGCGCGGAGGGAACAUGGGCACAGGGCGAUGCCGGCGGGUCUGAGCUCCGCUGAGCUCCCGCUGUCUGCUGCACUUCCAGAGGAGGAGGCCCCGCUGCAGGAGGAGCCGGGAGGCGGAGAAGAGGCGCCGCGAGUUGUGGAUUUGGAGCAGCUGGUGCCCGUGGGGGGCGUGUUCCACAUCUCUGUCCUGCGGCUGCCGCCCCAGGCCCAGGACGUCGGGGACUGGAUCGUGGUGGAGCUGCUGGAUGUUGGAUUGGAGGAGUAUCCAUAUUCCCCAGGAAAGGCUGAAGAUGGCACACAGGAAGCAGUACAGAUCACCCUGAGGCUCCCUGAUAAUGUGAUUUAUUUUAAAGUGCCUGUGCUAGCCCGAUGGGAUCCUGCAGGCCAAUGGUGGAGAACUGAUGGCAUCAGCAAGAUAACCUAUGAAGCAGAAAAAAAGAGCAUCACCUUCAGCAUGGGUGGCUUUUCUACAGUAGCCCUUCUCCAGGAUGCUCACCUGAACCUGCCCUAUCAGGCCUGGGAAUUGCACCCUACUGGUGUGGAUGAAGGCCUGUUCACAAUUACUGCAGUCUUUGCAACCAUUCAGAUACAAAUUAAGGAUAAUCAGUGUAUGUUGUCUUCAGUAGUGGUGGAAGAGAAGGAGGUGCUUUCCCACAUCACAGGGAAGUGGAUGAGUCCUGUUGCCCUCAGAGCAGCUUUGAAAAGAGCUGGAGUGAACAUUUUCCCAGCAGAGCACUCUCCCAAGUAUGUCCCUGUGCCCAGGAAGGGUCCCCUGGCAGAAGUGAGGGCCUAUGAACAGAUGGCUCUGCUGGCAGCUGCUUUUGCUUUUGCUCACAGCAAGUGGAACGGAGAAGCAGGGCCAGAGCAAGUCGUGUUCAAGGUGAGUGAACAUCUGACAGCAGGUUCUGCCAAAGGCAGCCACUGGUCUCUCUUGAUGUUCGAUGGUGAGAAAGUGCAACACCUCAAGCUCACUGAAACCAGUGAAGCUUUUUCAGAAGAGCUGCAAGAAGAGUCUGAAUUUCACUCCACACUCUACCAUAUGGUCAAGGAGUCUGCCAGCAAUGAAGCCAUGGAUAAAGUGGAAAGAGCUGGCUGCCUGUUCAUUGUGUAUCAGCUGCUCCUUGCUACCAGAGUCUUAGCAUACUUAGAUACUACUGCAUGCUUUCCUUCAAAACUUUAUUAUCAAAAGCUUUCAAUAAAGUUACAUUUCAAGUCUUAAAUACUUUUCUAUUCAAAACAUUGAAACAGGUUCUGAAAUGCAAACAUUUUAUCUUUGUUCAAGCAAAAUAAAUUCUUUAUUCAAUUGUGGCUAGACCACCUAGACAUGUUUAUUGUUAGCUACGUUCAAAAAAUUGCUGUUCUUUUGUAAACCUCAGAGCUGAGAGCCUUUUAGCUGCUUUUAAAGAUUACUUUU